CGCCGCCUGACGCCGCCCGACGCCGGCAGCGCAGGUCACGGCGCCGAGGGUGGGGCGCGGGCGUAGUGGCGCCGGCAGCCGCGGGUGCGCGCGGGCCGUGAGUGUGCGCUUUUGAGUCGCGGCGGAAGGAGCCCGGCCGCCGCCCGCCGGCAUGAGCUACGACCGCGCCAUCACCGUCUUCUCGCCCGACGGCCACCUCUUCCAAGUGGAGUACGCGCAGGAGGCCGUCAAGAAGGGCUCGACCGCGGUUGGUGUUCGAGGAAGAGACAUUGUUGUUCUUGGUGUGGAGAAGAAGUCAGUGGCCAAACUGCAGGAUGAAAGAACGGUGCGGAAGAUCUGCGCUUUGGAUGACAAUGUCUGCAUGGCCUUUGCAGGCCUCACCGCCGAUGCAAGGAUAGUCAUCAACAGGGCCCGGGUGGAGUGCCAGAGCCACCGGCUGACUGUGGAGGACCCAGUCACUGUAGAGUACAUCACCCGCUACAUCGCCAGUCUGAAGCAGCGUUAUACGCAGAGCAAUGGGCGCAGGCCGUUUGGCAUCUCUGCCCUCAUCGUGGGUUUCGACUUUGAUGGCACUCCUAGGCUCUAUCAGACUGACCCCUCAGGCACAUACCAUGCCUGGAAGGCCAAUGCCAUAGGCCGGGGUGCCAAGUCAGUGCGCGAGUUCCUGGAGAAGAACUAUACUGACGAAGCCAUUGAAACAGAUGAUCUGACCAUUAAGCUGGUGAUCAAGGCACUCCUGGAAGUGGUUCAGUCAGGCGGCAAAAACAUUGAACUUGCUGUCAUGAGGCGAGAUCAACCCCUCAAGAUUUUAAAUCCUGAAGAAAUUGAGAAGUAUGUUGCUGAAAUUGAAAAAGAAAAAGAAGAAAACGAAAAGAAGAAACAAAAGAAAGCAUCGUGAUGAAUAAAAUGUCUUUGCUUGUAAUUUUUAAAUUCAAAUCAAUCAUGGAUGAGUCUCGAUGUGUAGGCCUUUCCAUUCCAUUUAUUCACACUGAGUGUCCUACAAUAAACUUCAGUAUUUUUUAACCUGU